CCGACCAACUCGUUCCCUUCAUCACCCUCACUGCGGAUCACCAACUCGUCCCCUUUACCAAACCUCCAAUGGCGACUCGUGCAUUUUGGCGAUCAAAGUUCGCAUUUUUCUCUUCAAUACUCCUUCAAAACCUGAAAACGACGCCCAUCAAGUCGACCCCAAUGCUUCUAAAAUCCACGGAACUUGAACUCGAGUCCUGGAGAUCCAUUCGUGGGCUGAGGCUGUAUCACGACGGGAGCCCCAGAGGACCGCUCUGGAGGGGCAAAAAGCUGAUCGGCAAAGAAGCGCUUUUCGUAAUCUCGGGUUUGAAGCGGUUCGAGGACGACGAAGAGAAGCUCGAGAAGUUUGUAAAUGCCCGCGUUUUGAGACUGUUGAAGAUGGAUAUGAUUGCUGUUCUCACUGAGCUCGAGCGCCAGGAAGAAGUCGCUUUGGCAAUUAAGGUAUUUAAUGUUAUUCGGAAGCAAGACUGGUACAAACCGAAUGUCUAUCUGUAUAAGGACUUAAUUAUUGCAUUAGAAAGAUCUAAGAAAAUGGAGGAUGUUAUGCUACCGUGGGACAGCAUGAAAAAGGAGGAUCUGUUUCCUGAUUCUCAAACAUAUACGGAAGUUAUCAGGGAUUUUUUGAACUGUGGUUGUCCUGCAGAUGCAAUGAACAUUUAUGAGGACAUGAAUCAGUCUCCAGAUCCGCCGGAGGAGCUGGCAUUCCGGAUUUUGUUGAAGGGCCUUCUGCCACAUCCCCUUUUGAGAAACAGAGUCAAGCAAGACUUUGAGGAGCUGUUUCCCGAACAGCAUGUUUACUAUCCUCCGGAAGAGAUAUUUGGCAUGCGUGGCUGAGGUCUGCAUCUAUGCUUUGCUCCUACUUCAAUCUGUUGUAGAAAUUAGCAUGCGCUUCUCUCCACACAGAUGUUAUAUUGAUUUCAUCGCCGGAUUAAAAGUUAUAUGGUUUCAGGGCUUAAAUCUCUCUUUUCAUUGGAGGGCUUCGUUGUAUCCCAACUGAUUAUAGGGUAAUGGAUUGCCUGCUAAAACCUUUAGGUGGUUUAUCCCAUACAUGUAAAAUUGUUAUCCUUCUUUAGAGCAUCAAAGAUCGGAGUUCUUGGAACGUAACUUGUCAUAUUUUGUACAUGUUCUUGUAGGCAUGUAAACUUUUGACCUGACUAUGUUGACAAAGAUGAGCACAUAUGAUUGAUUGUUGUUUUUGUA